AUGGGUCAAGCAGGAUCGCAUCUCGAAGACAUGGUCAACACGUCCAAUUUUUCCGCAGAGGAAAUCCAACGACUUUAUAAACGGUUCAUGAAGCUUGACAAGGAUAACUCUGGAUCGAUCGACAAGGAAGAGUUUUUAUCUAUUCCUCAGAUUGCCAACAACCCACUAGCGUCACGCAUGAUUGCUAUCUUUGAUGAGGAUGGUGGUGGCGACGUUGAUUUUCACGAAUUCAUCAAGGGAUUGAGCGCAUUUAGUGCACGAGGAAACAAACGAGAGAAGCUUGAAUUUGCAUUCAAGGUAUAUGACAUGGAUCGUGAUGGCUAUAUUUCCAAUGGCGAGUUGUUUUUGGUGCUCAAGAUGAUGGUUGGUAACAAUCUCAAGGAUAACCAGCUCCAGCAAAUCGUUGACAAGACCAUCAUGGAGGCUGACAAGGACAUGGAUGGCAAGAUAAGCUUUGACGAGUUUGUCAUUAUGGUCGAGAACACCGAUGUCGCCAAGCAAAUGACGCUGGAGAGUUUCUAG